UUUAUUGCGUGACAGUGAAAACGAUCUAUUCUUUGUUGUUUGCCAGCUUCCCAGGCCAAUCUAACACAAACCGUUGUAACGCAACACCUCCAUAUGCUGGAAGGUGAGAGUCACGUUUCGCGUAUUCAAAGCUGGUCGUUAUGUAAUAGUAUAUGAGUAAAAAAAAGAUAAUCCCAGUAAAAAACCUACCUCUAUCAUGGACCACUUACAGUAGUCAUUUACUUGUACUCUAUAAAAAAUGCUGAUGCUGCUUCAAACCUUGGUUUGUACACAGUAGUGUUAAUAUUGUGAUUUUGUCAAUGCUCUAUUCCACCAGACUCAUUAAACAAGGUCAUGACAUUAACCAGAAGCAUUCCCUGGGGUGGACCCCACUGCAUGUUGCUGCUUUUAAUGGCAGUGAAAGAUCUGUAGAAUUAUUAAUAGAGGCAGGAGCUGACGUUAAUGCAAGAGAAGAAUUCAGCACAGCAUUCCGAACUGCUCAAAAGAAGCACAUGAGAUCCUUUGAUGUGAUUUUUAUGCGUGAUGAUGACUUCAGUGACAGGCUUCAUAGGAAUGCUAACUUCAGUGGUUUCACUCCCCUCCAUUAUGCUGUUCUUGGAGACAGUCUUGAAUGCAUUCGCCUCCUUGUUAAUGCUGGAGCUGACCCAACACUGAAAGACAGUUCUGGCCACCAAGCAAUCGAAUAUGCAGGAAGUACAAAUAUUAAAGACUGUUUACAGGAUAAGAUGGAAACGUAUGCUAAAGAGAAAGAGAAGAGAGAAAUAGAGGAGAGGCGUCGCUAUCCAUUAGAGAUGAGACUAAGGGAAAAUAUUGUUGGGCAAGAGGGAGCCAUCCUCACAGUUGCUGCAACAAUCCGUAGAAGAGAGAAUGGCUGGUAUGAUGAAGAACAUCCUCUUGUGUUUCUCUUUCUUGGAUCUUCAGGAAUUGGAAAAACAGAACUAGCCAAGCAAGUUGCAAGAUACCUUCAUAAGGACAACAAGAAGGGUUUUAUAAGACUGGAUAUGUCUGAGUAUCAGGAAAAGCACGAAGUGGCAAAGAUGAUUGGCGCCCCUCCUGGGUACAUUGGACACGAUCAGGGCGGACAGUUGACCAAGAAACUAAAAGAAUGUCCAAAUGCUGUGGUCCUGUUUGAUGAGGUUGAUAAGGCUCACCCAGACGUUUUAACCGUUAUGCUACAAUUGUUCGACGAGGGCCGUUUGACUGAUGGACAAGGCAAAACCAUCGUUUGCAAGGACGCCAUCUUUGUGAUGACGUCAAACCUUGCUAGUGAAGAAAUAGCCAAUCACGCUUUGGAUCUGAGAAGAGAAGCGAAAGAAGCAGCUGAACACAGAGAAGAGGAUGGCGAAAUUAGCGAAAAGAUCACUAUUUCAAGAAAGUUUAAAGAGAGAGUUGUACAACCAAUUCUCAAGCUUCACUUUAGACGGGAUGAGUUCCUGGGUCGGAUCAACGAGAUGGUGUACUUUCUUCCAUUUUCACGUUCAGAACUUCUCAGUUUGGUCACAAGAGAGCUGGAUUUCUGGUCAAAGAUGGCGUUAAGUCGACAUGAUAUCCACAUGACCUGGGACAGAGAAGUGUUGGAUGCCUUGGCCGAUGGUUACGAUGUGCAUUACGGCGCGAGAUCGAUUAAACACGAAGUUGAAAGAAGAGUGGUCAACCAGCUCGCUGCUGCGCACGAGCGAGAGUUGAUAAGUCCCGGUUGCGCCCUGCACUUAACAGUAGACUACCCCAAAGAUAAAACUGGAAAAAGAUCUGUUGAAGAUGUGGCACCGAUGAUUAAAUUGCAGCUUAUUAAGGAAGGAAAGAAAAAAGUCGACAUCGAAGUCGGAGAUUACUUCACUCCCGAAGAUAAACUCUUCUUUUGAGGAAGUGAAACCACUGAAGAAUAUAACUGAAAAAGAGCAAAA